UUGAGGAUACAAUUUAUUGACACUUUUUUCCUUCUUCUUUGUAAAUAAUAUGUUUUGACCCGUGUGCGUCUCAGCUCUUGUGUUGUUUAUCAUGAAGCAGAAUUGGGCAUUUGUACUGUUGAAUACAAAUAUAACAAUUUAAACGGUUUAGCCGACAAGCUGUUAGAAAAAAUUUUUCUUUGAAUCGAAUUACAGUUCUGUAGACCUACUUUAGUAAGUGGUUCUAGAAUGGAAGACCAAUAAGUUACUGCUUGGCGGUGGACGGAGUAAGUGAGGUUCCGGACCUUGCCCCAGCUCGGGGUCGGUCCCACGAGGAGCCCCGGGGAUGAGUGCCGGCUGCCAGCUGAAGCGCGAGGCGGAGCGCCUGGAGACCUUCCGCUCGUGGCCCGUGCCGUUCAUGGACCCGGGCGCGCUGGCCAGGGACGGCUUCUACUACACCAACUCGGGGGACGUGGUGCGCUGCGCCUUCUGCGGGGUGUCCCUGUGGCAGUGGAAGGAGGGGGACAGCGCGGUCGCCGACCACCGCCGCGAGUCCCCGCGCUGCCCGUUCCUGCGCGAGCGGCCCGUGGGCAACGUGCCGCUGGGCGGGCGGGGCGACGCUCCGGGCCCCGCGCUGGAGAGCUGCGGCUUCAGCAGCCUGCACGGCAAGCGAGUGGUGUACGACGUCCACUUGGGGGACCUGUCCCUGAGGACGCUGGGCGCGAUCUGCGCGCCUGCGUUCCCGGAGUACAGCUCGUACGAGGCGCGCCUCUCCUCGUUCGCGGGCUGGCCAACCACGGCCAAGCAGGAGCCGGCCAGCCUCAGCGAGGCCGGCUUCUACCACACCGGCAAGGACGACGAGACCGUGUGCUUCCACUGCGGCGGGCCGCUGAAGAACUGGGAGGAAGGCGACGUGCCGUGGUCGCAGCACGCGCUGUGGUACCCCAACUGCCUGUUCGUGCUCCGCGCCAAGGGGGACGUGUUUGUGAGGGAGGCCUGCGCCAAAGAGGCCUCCCUCUCCGCUGCCAAGUAGCAGUUUCUUGAGGCAGGGAGCUGAUAAGAGUGGAAGAUGCAUUCCUUCGCGCAAAGUUACUGCGAUCGUGUUCUGUGUGCACCCACCUAGCGUGGCUCUGGCCAAUCAGGAGCCGUGCGGAACAGUGCUUGUGACUUUGCUUGGCCACAAUUUCGAGGAGUAAUUAGGACACGCCGUAUUCUGUCGUUUGCUAACAUCACCAAAAA